UCAACGGUCCCAACGUCUCUCAGCCUCCUCCUCCUCCUCUUCUUCUUCUUCUUCUUCUUCUUCUUCUACUACUCUACUCCAUUUUUUUUUUCCUUGACAAAGGAACCCAAGUUCCCAUAAUGAAUGAUCCCACCAACUAUGGAAACAGUGGCAGCAGGUUCCUCUGCCUACAACAGUGGGAGGCGGCUUUGCGGAGGAUCUGCACCGACCAGUUCCAACCACAGCGGUAGGCCUGGGCUCGGCAUAUGCUGGCCGAGGUCAGUGAGGAGACUACCCUGCAGGUGCUUGAGAGAAUAUCCGACACGAGGAUCAAGCACACCCUCGACGGAUUCAUUUUCAGUAUGGUCAGAAAGGUCCGUAGCACGGGCUGGUCCGCCUCCCCUUCCCCCCAUAUGAGCUCAUCCGAAUGGUACAGCGGGGUUAGCCCUGCCACGAAGCAAGCUCUCAACUUCAAUGUUCAGUGCUCUGAAUAUUACAUUGAGCGCUCUUUCUUGAAUAUUGGUGCAUUUCAGCAACGCCCCGUUGUUUCGGUAACACCACGUCAUUUCCUGUGCCUAGACGAUGGGAGUGCCAGCACGCCUAUCGGAGAGGGAGGAGAAAAUUCACUUGUGGGAUCAGAAAAUCGGAGUGGUCAAAGAAUUAGCCAUACUGAAGCCUUGAUUGAACUAGGAUUUCGGAAAGCGUCUCUCCCACUGAGAUACACUGGAGAAGAGAAGUGCGAAGAGGUUAUGUCAGCUGAUGAGAUUUGGUAGCUAAAAGAUCUCCAAAUGGAAGCUUUUGAGUCAAAAGUUCGGGAGACACUUGGAAAUCAUCUUGUCAGGUGCAAGAUGGAAGCAUGGCAGGAAGAAGAAGCUGAGCGUGCUCGUCAAGGUCAAAGAGAUGCAGAGUCCAAGCUAUCAACUUUGGAGGUUGAAAUGAGAAAGAUGAGAGUUGAUAUGGCAGCAAUGAAGAGGGAUGCUGAACAUUCUCGGCAGGAGCAUAUGAAGCUUGAGAAACGGUAUCGUGAGCUUACUGAUUUGCUGUAUCACAAGCAAGCACAAUUAGAAGCCACAGCGGGUGAAAAACGCCUUCAAGAAGUACAGGUGUUCAUGCACCUCUUCUUGAUGAUGUACCUACUGCACCACCUUCAGGACCGAGCGGACAAUUUCUCUGCCAGAGAAGUUGCGGAGUCCAUGGGGCUUGCCACUCCCAACUUGCCGUGAUUCUUCACCCCUAACCUUCACGGGCGUGAAGUUCUUUCCGUUUAUAUGGAUAGAGAGGCAUGGAAAGGGCAAUCAGUCAUCCAGAAAUUUUACGUGACUGGAGCUAGGAUUAUAGGUGAAACUCCACAAACACGAAAGCAAAUGUCGAAAUUCAUUUACUUACGAUGUCUCCUCUAGUACAUGUAUAUCGGUAUUCUUUUGUCUAAUAGCUAUAUGUCGGUCUGCAAGCUUGUAAAUUCGAGACUUGGGUUAUAUCCGAUCCAAUGGAAUAUCUCUUUUGGAUUCGUAAGGCAUAUCCUCGAAUCUCAGAUA